AUGAAUUUAUUGGGUUCAAUAGUUGGUAUUUCAGGUGGAAAUGGAGGAUUAGGACUAGCCCUUGUAAAGAUUCUAGUUAAUAUUUGUGAAGAAGUUGUGGUCGUUGAUAGUUCUGACAUGUGUCAAGAGCUUAGUGAACUUCCUAACGUUAGUUAUGUUCGAUGUGACUUGUUAAAAGAGAGACCUCAGCCUUUUACGGUUGACGUAUUUAUUGCUAAUGUAGGGAUGAGUAUGGGGCCCAAGCUGGUUAAAGAUGCAGAAUUUAAAGAGAUGUGUGAAAUGAUAGCACUCAACAUAAGUAGUCACCUGUGGUUUUUUAAGAAUGUGAAGCAUAAGAAAUUUGUAUUUAUAGAUUCUGUAUUAGCAUUUAAUGGUAUGGAAUAUUACUCUAUGUACUGUGCAUGUAAAAGUUUUAUACACACCUUUAAUGAAGGUUUGCAACGGGAAGGACAUGAUACACUGAUUGUGUAUCCUUAUAAAAUUAAUACUGAUAUGUUUAAAGAGAUUAAAGAUUAUGGUACGUUAGAUGUUAAUAAUGUGGCAGAAAGUGUAGUUGAUGCUAUAAAAACUGAUAAAAAGUCUCUAUUUCUACCUCGGGUAUUUACGCUUACUGAGACAAUUAAAGGUGCUCUGCCCAGUUUUGUAAAAAACUGGGUGCUGGACAGGAUAUCUAAGUAUUUUUUAUCUGAAGUGUUAGAAGGGGCUGCUAUCGCAACAGAGGAGAAAGAAAGAGCUCCUAUCACAACAGAGGAGAAAGAAAAAGCUCCUAUCGCAACAGAGGAGAAAGAAAAAGCUCCUAUCACAACAGAGGAGAAAAAAAAGGCUCCUAUCACAACAGAGGAGAAAGAAAAAGCUCCUAUCACAACAGAGGAGAAAGAAAAAGCUCCAACUUGUGCUAUUAAGGAGUUUGACUAA